AUGUCGCGAGUGCUGAGAGCGAUGACAGGCGUUAGUCCAUUCCAAAGAUAUCGUGGUAUUUCUGGAUUCAACACUGUUGUUGAAUCAGGUGUUGAGGAAAAUCCAAAAAGUUUUGAUAUGGAAGAAUUGGAAGUUGUAGAAAAUCCCGACAUUUAUAACAAAGACAAUUCAAUUCCGCAUUCUUCUAAGUACGGAGACUUGGCUUCCGAGAACAUUGACUCCUACUUUUACUACGGACUUGCUCUCAUGGCCUCUAACACAUCCGAAGAUCAAGACCCGAUAGCUUCUUUAUUUCCGGGUUUGGAGGAUAAUUAUGCCGAGUCAGAGUCCUCUGAACAGGAAAGCCAAGAAGAUAAUGAGCCAGUCGUGCAAGAUCAAACAGAAAAUGAAGAAAACAAACCAGAAGACUCGAUUAACAAAGACGAGACACUGGAUGAUUCUAAAAACGAAGAAAAAAACGAAAACGAAACAACUUUUGAGGAUUCGAUAGCAAACAAUUCUCAAGUUGCUUGGGAAAUGUUUGAAAUUCUUACAAAAAUUUUAAACAAGUUUUAUUUAACGAUUAUUUUUAGAGACACUGUUUUGGAAGAGCACAUUCGAUUGGAGAAACUGGCAAAAGUGCAUUUAAAUUUGGCCCAAAUUAGCCUCGAAUCAGGAAAUUUUGACGAGGCUUUGAUCGACGUUUCCAAAUCGAUGGAAAUUCGAAAUAACCCGGUAAUUCAGUCCGCGGACCGGGGGAUGGCGGAAUGUCAUUAUUUUAACGGUCUGAUCCAUGUGGAGUCCAAAGAAUUUGAUUUGGCAAAAAACGACUUUAUGGAGGCGAUCAAAGUGCUGGAGUCAAUAAAAACUUGUGACUCAGAAGAGGAAAUAUCUAAACUUGUCCAAGAACUCGAUUUGAAGGAAUUUUUUAUUAAAAUUUUUUAGAUCAACGAAUGUGAAGAGGCCAAAGUUGAUUUGAAAAAUGCC